AUGAGUACGUCUGGCUCGCCCCCCGCCGGCGGCGACCAACCGGGGUCUCCGUCCCGAGAUUCUGGGACUGUAUGGCAUCCCGCGAGGGAGUGGCUCGAGCAGGAUGAGGAGGAGGAUGAUAUGGACUACGAUCCGGAAUCGAUAGUCUCAGACGACGAGGAAGAUUUGGAUGCUGAGCUGUACGAAGACGAGGAUGCUGAUGCUGACGAUCAUCGCUUCGACCCCGAAUUGCAUCUAGGUAAUAUACAUAUCGAAUUUGCCAUGGACGAGUCGGAUCAGGACCCGAAUGCAGAGCCCCAGGAGGGAAGACAUAAUAGAGUUUCUGCAGCGCGGUUGCUUAAUUUGUUGGCCUCGAAUGGGCUACGCCAUAUUCUUAAUUAUAAUGGGCUCCACGACGCUUCCAUCCCCGAUGAGGAGGAUGAGGAAGAUUACGACUUUGGUUUCUUCGGAUACCGGCGACGAGCACGACGAUCGGGAGGUCAUCAGUUUCCCAAGGUUCCGAGUGAUGAGGGAGCGAUGUUGAUGGAUUCUGGCGAUUUUGGAUCGAGCCCUCACUACGUGGACAGAUUGAAGAAGCGCAAACGGUCCCUUGCAACGAAGAUGAUGUGGCGAGAACUGGGGGUGGAUGCGUCGGUGAGGCAAAGGGACGUACAGUCUAUAACUCAGGGGCUCAUUCCUGGUUCCGCUGCGGAUAAGAUCAUUCAUUUCGACUCGCGGUGCUACUCGGGACAGUUUUCGGACGACGGGAAUUUCUUCUUCUGCUGCGCUCAGGACUUCAAGGUUCGGAUGUACGACACAUCCAAUCCGUUCGAGUGGAAAUACUACAAGACCGUGGAGUACCCGUUUGGGCAAUGGACCAUCACCGAUGCCACCCUGAGCCCGGACAACAAGUUCCUGGCGUACAGUUCGAUCCGAAACCUAGUUUGCCUUGCCCCCACGGACCCGGCAGAUACCUCAGACCCGGCUAUUCUAGACCUGUCGUCGGUUCCAGGUAGAAGAGGCGGGCGCGGACUUUAUGGCAAUUCGCAUUUCGGGAUCUGGUCUAUUCGAUUCUCGGGCGACGGCCGGGAGAUUGUGGCUGGCACCUCCGAUCAAUCGGUCAUCGUCUAUGAUCUAGAAACGCGCCAGUCCGUCCUGCGGCUUCCGAAUCACGAGGACGAUGUGAAUGCGGUCUGCUUUGGGGACAAGUCGUCGCCCCAUAUCCUCUAUUCGGGCUCUGAUGAUACCACGCUGCGAGUGUGGGAUAGGCGCUCGAUGGGUGACGGGCGCGAGGCCGGAGUAUUCAUUGGGCAUACAGAAGGGUUAACGUAUGUGGACAGCAAAGGUGACGGGCGAUAUGUACUGUCCAAUGGCAAAGAUCAAUCGAUGAAGCUGUGGGAUCUGAGGAAGAUGAUGACGACGGCGAAGUUCGACACCGUCGACGUUAACCGGUACACGACCGGCUUUGACUAUCGAUUCGAACCGUACCCCGAUGAUUACUACGAAGCGCAUCCCCACGACUGUUCUGUGGUGACAUUCCGGGGCCACCGCGUCCUCAAGACUCUGAUCCGGUGCCACUUCUCGCCACCGGGAAGCACAAACUCGAGAUAUGUGUAUUCGGGCAGUGAAGAUGGCAAGGUAUACGUCUAUAAUCUGGAUGCCACUCUCGCCGGAACGAUCGAUGUCGGGGCCGCGACGACCAACACGCGCCCGCGCGAUCCCGACAUCUUCACCGCUGCGUAUGAGAUCCGUAGCAGCCGGAACGAUGUGAUGUGGAAAACGUGUGUUCGGGAUGCCAGUUGGCAUCCGAACAGUCCUGUCCUAGCCGCGACGUCUUGGAAUGGCUGGGGAUUGUCCACUGGGACAUGCACCUUGCAUACUUGGAACGACGGAGUGGAUAGCGAUGAAGGCGAUCCGCCGGUGGCGGGCAACUAUGACAGCCGAUUGAAGUCGGUGGGUGAAUUCAACCGGUUCAAGGAGUCGAUGCAGAGGCGAAGUCGACCUGUCCAACGGUCUCCACUGGAUGAUGAGCUGUACUCUGAGAUAUGGUGA